GGCGUCGCUGGGCGCGGGGCGCGCGAGCCCAACGGCCGGAGCCCUGCCCGAAGCGGAGCUGCCCAUGGCCGGGCCCCCGCUGCCCUACCCCGGCCGCCUGUGGGCCCCCUGGCUGCCCCCGGGCUCGCCGCCUCUGCGGGCCCUCCUGGCCGCCGCCGCCGCCCCCUCGAAGAGUUUUCUUGGAGGUUUUUUUGGUCCCAUCUGCGAGAUUGAUGUUGUCCUUAAUGAUGGGGAGUCACGGAAGAUGGCAGAAAUGAAGACCGAAGAUGGCAAAAUAGAAAAACAUUAUCUCUUCUAUGAUGGUGAAUCUGUUUCAGGAAAGGUAAACCUAGCCUUUAAACAACCUGGAAAGAGGCUAGAACACCAAGGAAUUAGGAUUGAAUUUGUAGGCCAAAUUGAACUCUUCAAUGACAAGAGUAAUACCCAUGAAUUUGUAAACCUAGUGAAAGAAUUGGCCUUACCUGGAGAAUUGACACAAAGCAGAAGUUAUGACUUUGAAUUUAUGCAGGUUGAAAAGCCCUAUGAAUCCUACAUUGGUGCCAAUGUCCGGUUGAGGUAUUUUCUUAAAGUGACAAUAGUCAGACGACUGUCAGACUUGGUAAAAGAGUACGAUCUUAUUGUUCACCAGCUGGCCACCUACCCCGACGUCAACAACUCCAUUAAGAUGGAGGUGGGCAUCGAAGACUGUCUGCACAUAGAGUUUGAGUAUAAUAAAUCCAAGUAUCAUUUAAAAGAUGUGAUUGUUGGAAAAAUUUAUUUCUUAUUAGUGAGAAUAAAAAUUCAGCAUAUGGAAUUACAGCUGAUAAAGAAAGAGAUCACAGGGAUUGGACCCAGCACCACGACAGAAACAGAGACCAUUGCCAAGUAUGAAAUCAUGGAUGGGGCCCCAGUCAAAGGUGAAUCAAUCCCCAUAAGACUCUUUCUAGCGGGAUAUGACCCAACUCCAACAAUGAGAGACGUGAACAAGAAAUUCUCAGUACGCUAUUUUUUGAACCUAGUCCUCGUGGAUGAGGAAGACAGACGGUACUUCAAGCAGCAGGAGAUCAUCUUAUGGAGAAAAGCUCCCGAGAAGCUGAGGAAGCCGAGGACAAACUUUCACCAGCGCUUCGAGCCUCCUGAGCCGCAGGCGUCUGCCGAGCAGCCGGAAAUGUAAAGGCAGGAGGAGAACGGAGGUGGGGAAGGGCAGGCUUUCUGGCUCCAGCAGUCACAGCCUGCGCAGGACGAGGCCUAAGACUCCUUGCCUCGCCCUCUCUCUGGCCACGCUCACCUGUUUUGUGGCACUACUAACCGGUCUCAAAGGUGUACAUCCAGUUACAAAGUGCUUUCUCUGAAACACUGGAGCUUUCUGAAGCUGCCGUCUCUCUCUCUCUCUCUCUCUCUCUCCUUUUAAACUUCACACUUUGAUUUGAUCACAUGCACUCAGAUAUGCAUAAGCUUAAACAUUAAACACGUCCCUGUGUGUAGGCUGGCGUUGUGUCAUUUUGUUCUCUUUCUCUAGGAUGUAGAUCAUGAAUCUUCCUGCCCCAUCUCCAUGUCACUGGCUCCCUCUCCUUCUCUGCGGAACCCGAGACUUGUGUGUUCAGCAGAUGAGAGCUUGGCCGCGAGGCUGUGCAGGCCGCCCCGCUCGGCAGCGGUCCCUGACCGGAGGACUCCAUCCAGUCUGGCGGGUGUUGGAGGGGCCCGGGACCAGUGUUGUCCCGAGCCUUCUGGGUCUGUGGCGCUCUACUCGGGGAGCUUCUCACAACCUCUCACAUAACGGGGGGAGGGGGGGAGGGGGUGAUUGCCGUCUUAUGCCCACAAUUUCUUUUUUUGCUGUUAAGUCUUCAGCUCUUGCAUUGGCACCACAGUAGUAGUUUUCCUGUGGUGUGUUCUAUUUGUGUUUUAAAAUUUCUAAUGUUCAUAUGAAAUUUUUUCCCCACAGAUACUUUAAGGCAUUUUAUUUUUUUAAGUUUUAGGGAAAAUUUGGCUGUGGGAAAACACUAAUUCUUCCAUUCACAAACUUCUCGAUUGUUGGGGUAGGUGGACUUUGUAUCAUCUCCAGUUUGUGUCUGGUUAAACGUACUCCCAUUAAGCUGCAGCUUUGGCCAGUCCGAACUCAGAUUUGACAAGCUCACUAGCCUCUCUAGGAGACACACCCAGUGUCCUCGUCUCCGUUCUGUUUCACGCUGAAUUCAAGUCGUCCUUGGUUCAAGGACUCUCAAAGCUGGCGCAGUUGUGAGCUGGGUUUGGUUUGGAUCCACGUGGUAGAGGCACCGGGCUCGUCUGAGCCACAGAAGCCACCUGCACUUGAGGCUCACAACCCAAGACGUGGACUGAACACAGUCCCUUCUCAUGCUGUCUGAGAACUGCUUUCCUCCGGUGGCACCCUGACCACCUCCUCUUACUGCAGUAGAUGCGCUCUGGGAACAUCUCUUUUCAGCAUGGAUGUCUGGGGGUGGAAACAGAUGGAUUUUUUUUUUCCUCAUGUAAGUGCCUGUUCAGAAAUUAAAAAAAAAAAUUUAAAAUGCCAAAUAUUUUCAUGGUCACUUGCAUGUAGUAAUCUAGAAACUGUUUGAAAAGAUUUUGAAAACUGAUUGUAUUUAACCAGCCUAAAAUUGUGCAACCAUGUAUAAUAAAGAAUUUGAAACCGAUAUUGAGCUGCUAUUUGAAUGAUUAAAAACAGCUGUAUUCUCAA